AUGACCUCUCAGACGCACGUCUGCGGUGGUACGAUUCUUAACCCACUGCACGACGAUGUGUUUCUGCAGGUCAGUGUCAUCAUGUGGAAUGUAACGCUGUGCUAUGGGAUUUGCACGCCAUCCAUCUAUGCCCGUAUGAAACCUUCGUAUGUUACGAAGGGUUUAAUUAGCGAGACAUGA